AUGGUUUUAAAGAACAUUUUAGAAAAAACUUUAAGUGUCUUGGAAUCUAGAAUUGAGGAAUUAGAGCAAAAUAAUGAAAAGCUACGUUCAAAAUUCAAAUUUUUAGAAGAAAAGGUAGAAGAAUCCAAAGAGACUAUAUGUAAUUUAGAAAAAAAUGCUAGA